GGUGGAGGAGGCGGCGGUAGCAGUAGCAGCAGAGGUGCCUGAGGGGCUGUCGUCUCCUCACGUUUCCUUCUCCCGCCCCGGCCUGUCAUGGCGCGGAACUCGCUCUCCUCGCGCUUCCGCCGCCUGGACAUCGACCAGUUUGACGAGAACCGCUUCGUCGAGGAGCCUGACGGGGCCGAGACCGGCACUGGGGCUGGAGCUUCGGAGACUGACGGAGGGCCCGGGCCGGAGGUGGAGGCGGCGCUGCGGCAAGGCGACAUGCUCCGAGCGUUCCACGUGGCUUUACGGAAUUCACCCGUCAACAAUAAGAAUCCAGCAGCAAAGGAGCGGGCCCAGGAAGUUGUGAUGAAGGUCCUCACCUCUUUUAAAGGCAGCGAGAUAGAGCAGGCAGUAAACUCCUUAGACCGAAAUGGUAUUGAUUUGUUAAUGAAGUACAUUUAUAAAGGAUUUGAAAAGCCAACAGAAAAUAGCAGUGCAAUACUACUCCAGUGGCAUGAAAAGGCAUUAGCAGUAGGUGGACUAGGAUCCAUAGUAAGAGUUCUUACUGCACGAAAAACUGUUUAACAAACUCUGUUCCUUUGAAUUGAGACACCGAGAACUCUCUUGGAGCCAGGAGGCGGCACUGGCUAUGCUGAUACUUUACCCUUCUAGGAUCCGCAAUCUACUGAAAUACUUUGGGAGUCUCCUUCCUCUCUUGGAACAAGUACUUUUAACCAUAGAAGUGGCGGGGGAGGUCCAGUAUAUUAAUGUUUUCUGACUAUCAGAUUCAGGAGCCGGGAGGGGACUACUUGCAAUUUGUGCCGCAAACAGAAAUGGGGGUGGUAUAUACGCGUGUGCCUGUCUGCAGUAUGGUGGCUGCUCUGGCCAAGUGUGUGUGUAUGUAUGUGCUUGGGUGAAUAAGUGAGACUUAAUUUAAACUUACAAAUGUGUGUGGUGGGGGCAGGGGUGGAGCUGAGCUGUCAAGAGAAACAAGAGGUUGGUUUAAGAGUUGAAGGAAGAUUUUCUUAUGCAAGAGGGCUUUUUGUAUAUAUGGAUAAGAAUAGCUGGACUAAAUACAGUUUGUUUCAUGUAAAGUGCCUGCUGCUCUAUCUAGAAGUUCUUGGAUGGUUAGAAUAAAUAAUAUUCCAUGAUGGA